CCGCUGCCGAUGGACGUCGACGGACCGCCGCGUCGCCUCCGACGAACCGAGCGCUGUCAAGUGCCGGUGGGUAGCGGGCCGGUUCGAGCACCGGUAGACGAGUGCGAGAGGAGACUGGUGACUCAGCGGAGUCGGUGUGACUGGGUGGAGUCAUUAGUGACUCAGCGGAGUCAAAAGUGAGUGGGAUGAGUCACCAGUGAGUCGAUACGAGUCCCACGUGAGUCGCAAACGCCAGUGGGUGUCUCGGUGCGCCGGAGGGCCCGAGGAGGGGAUUGUUGGUGUGCGAGUCACCGCGUAUAGCGCUCGCGAACUUAUGGGAUGUAAUAAGUGCGGUCCGUUACCGUUUAUUUCUUGUGUACGCCGAGAGUGGUAAUUAGGUGUCAAUGUGACCAAACAAGAAAAGAAAUGAAGUUCGUUGGAUUUGCUGUGGCGCUCGGAUUGCUGUCAAGGAUUGCUUCUGGAUUCGACACUGCGAGCGAUGUUGGCUCGUUUUACGGCACCAGUCACGUGACGGCGGCGCUGCAAGAGGCGCGCAGCAGCACCUCGGUCAGUCUGCGGUUCCGCACGGGCCGCGGCGACGCCCUGCUGCUGGUGGCUGCUGGACGGACCGACUACCUGCUGAUGCUGCUGGAGGGCGGCCUGCUGAAGGUGCGCAUCAACCUGGGCGCCGGCGAAGGGGAGGUGACCUCGCCCAGUGACCGGCGACUGGACGACCUGCUCUGGCACGACGUCCAAGUGCAGAGGAACAACGCCGACCUGGCUCUCACCAUCGACGGUGUGCACGUCACAAGGAUCGAGCUGCCGGGACGAUUCUACGAGCUCAACAUUCACUAUGGCGUAUUCGUGGGCGGCAUGGGUGACUUCUCGGAAAUCUUCCUCGGCCUGCUGGACAACUUUCGCGGCUGUCUUCACCAGGUGCGCUUCAACGAGGUGGAGAUCCUCGCGCAAGCACGCGAUCGCAACGCCGCACAUCACGUCACCUGGGGCUGUGACAAGCAGUUCGACGCUGACGCCGAUGUUUCAAUGAGCUUUGUCGACGAGCGGAGUUACGCGAUGAUGCCGUCGCUGCUGCCGCGGGUAGGAGGCACGAUCCGACUGGACCUGAAGACGUCCGUUGCCGACGGUCUCGUGGUGUACAAUGACGCCGGUCGACGGGGCCCCGACCACCUGAUCGUGGCGCUGCGGGACGGACGACUGAGCAUGGAGCUUCACAGUGCUGGUCGUACUCUUCAGCUGGACAGCAGGAUCGCCAUCAACGACGGCGUCUGGCACAAGACGCAGCUGACCAUCAGUGCCGAGUACGUCGAGCUGACCGUUGACCAGACGCUAACGAGCGUCAAGCCCGAAAAUCAAAGCGACUUCAACGCGUUCAUCUCAAACUUCUUCGUCGGAGGUCUCAGUGAAAAGAACAGGUUGCGCGCCUCGAAGCAGGGUAUCACGAACCUACCUCUGGAUUUCCGCGGCUGCGUGCAGAACCUGCUGGUGAACGGGGAGCUCACCGGGUUCCCCAGCGUUGUGGAGAGUCUGGGCGUUCGUGCAGAGUGCGUCUGGGAAUACCCGUGUCUGCGUGAUCCAUGCGUGUCAGGGGGUGUGUGCGUGCCCCAAGGUGUGUCUGAGUUUCGCUGCGAAUGUGACCAGGCAGUGUGCGUUCGUGCCGACUUCGCCGGUCAGCACGACGUGUUCGCUGACACACGGCUCCCCGACGACCUCCAGCUGUUAUCGCUGACGCCACUGUCUGUCCCAGAGGGCGGCGAGGUACUUCUGACCAGCGCCAACAUUCACGUGGUGCUCGACUACGAAAAGUACGGCGUGCGCGACUCGGGUGUCUUCUUCCACGUUCGUGAGCCGCCAAAGCAGGGUGCCCUCAGUGUUGAUGUGUGGCGGCGUCCCGAUGAAUCAGUGUUUACCCUGCUCGAUCUAAUUUCCGACCGGGUACACUACCUUCACGGCGGUGACGAGAGCGCACAGGACGUCAUCGUCUUCGAGCUGGAGCUGUUUGCACGCGCGGGCUUUACGCUCCCCGAGUAUCUACAGGCGCGGCACCGGUUCGUCCUUCAGGUGACCGUUUCGCCCGUCAACGAUCGGCCCCGUCUUGUUCUACCACCUGGUGCAUCGGUGCGCAUGGCGGCCGGCACGCGGCGCACACUUGACUCCGACAUUCUGCGUGCUGAGGACCCAGACAGUCGUCCGAGGCAGCUAGUCUACACGCUGACAAGUCCCACCGACGUGUCAGGGCAUGUCGAACUCGACCGCCAUCCUGGGGUGCCAGUGCAGUCGUUCACACAGGAACAGGUGGACGACGGUCUCGUGCAGUUCGUGCAUGAGGGUAGCGACGACACAAAGUUGGCCCUCCGCGUCUCAGACGGCCAGGCAGCUAGCGACACAGCGGUUCUCAAAGUAGUGGUGUUUCGACUGGAGGCGGUACCUGCGAAUAAUACGGGCUUGCGUUUGACGCACGGUGCCAGCGCCCUCAUAACACCAGCCAAUCUGUCAUUUACAACCAACGCGCAGGAAGAAGACAUGGAGAUCAAGUACGUCAUUGUCAAACAGACUCAGGACGGCAAGAUACAGAAGUUGCGAGGAAACGGUCGCUGGCAGCCGACCGGUCACUUCACUCAGCGUCACCUUCAGAGGGGUCGGGUACGAUACCGCCACACCUCCGGCACGCCAACUCAUGACGGUUUCAAGUUUCAGGUGACGUUGCGGGAUUCUCCACGGCCUACUGUCUACGAUUUCAGAAUAGAGUUUUUGUUGGUCAGCAUCAAGUUGACUGCUAAUGUCGAGUUGGUUCUUAAUCGUUCCCAAGAAGCUGUUGUCUCAAACAAGUUUCUUCAAGCUGAUGCGCUGCCGUUCUCGCAGCCUGCAGCAAAUAUCUCCUUUGUGAUGGUGUCAACGCCGCGAUUUGGAGAGCUGUUCCGACUGGAAGGUAGCCCUGCGCGACGACAAGUUCUGCCUACUGGCGCAGUCUUCACUCAGAGGGAUAUCGAUACAAGCCGUAUUCUAUACAGACUUCAUCGAAAGUCGUACUCAGCUUUUACAGAUCAGUUCCGAUUCCGGGUACGCAUCCCUGGUUUUGAGUCUCAAGUGCAUGAAUUCAAUAUGAGGCAUGUGCCCCCGGCACCAAAAGGCAUGAUCUCCAUCAAAAGGAUUGAGGUUGGCGAGGGCGAUGCGGUUGCGAUCACCCCGAAAUUAAUUAGCAUUGAGAUUGACGGCAUAACAACCGUGUUCUACAACGUGACUGAUCCGCCACAGCAUGGUAAACUGCGUUCAGCCAGCGACGCGGAGCCGCUCGCACACUUCACAUCACAAGAAAUGGCCGAAGGUCGCGUAUUGUACGCACACGACGACUCGGAGCACCCGAGCGACACGUUCUCCUUCGUCGCCACCUCGCUUAACCCGGACGAUGAUUUUCAGUACGUCGGAGCUGCCGAGGUGGUCGUGGUCAUGCGGAACGAUAAUGCACCGCGAAGAACUGCGACGAGGACACUGUAUGUGGUGCGCAACGGUCGGCGUGCCGUGCGACCUGCAGAGCUCAUAUUCUCGGAUCGCGAUCUCUACACGGAGCCUUCAGACAUUGAGUACACACGUCGCGGGAUCCCGAACGGAGCGCUCUAUCUGCACCCGGACUACAACACUGAAGUGUUCCGCUUCACCCAGUCGGACAUCGACUCGGACCGGCUCGUGUUCCAGCACGCCGGUGAUGACCGGGCGCGGCUCGUCCUCUGGGUAUCGGACGGCACACACUUCACCACCGGUGUGCUCGACGUCGUUGCAUCUGCCCCGUUUGUACGGCUCAACACCACCGAGACGCCACUGACAGUGCCUCGCGGAGACACAAAGCUGAUCACCGCCGAUGCGCUAAGACCGGAGACUAACGUGGAGGUCACUGAUGAGAACGUACGGUUCGCGGUGACGACUCCACCGCAGCGCGGUCGUCUGAGGGUAAGCGGCGAGCCGGCCAAAGCGUUCUCCUUCCGGAACGUGCAACUGGGAGCCGUAGAGUACGAGUCGAGCGGAGGCUCGGGCACGCAGGACUCUAUCCACUUCGCGGUGCAGGUGGGCAAGUUGAAGUCGAACGGCUCACUGCAGUUCCGCAUCUUCCCGGAGAGUUACUGGGAGCCGCUACGGGUGGUGAACAACCGCUCAGCUCUGGUGGCCGAGGGUGAAAUGGUGACGGUAUCGCAGUCUCUACUGCACGUCAUGCACCCGAACGUUGCACCCGGGGACAUCCGCUUCACCGUCACCCGCGGACCUUCGCACGGUUUCCUGAUGCUACGCGGUCCUGACGCACGUCCCAAGGUCAUCACAUUCGACCAGGCAUUCAUCAAUGACGGCAACCUCAGCUACGUGCAGUCGGUGGCCAACGCCACCGAGGACAGCUUCGAGUUCAGUGUGACCAACGGCAUCGUCAGCCUGCCGUCGCUGCUGUUCCGGCUGCUCGUGAUUCCGGUGCAGGUGCGACUGGUGACCCGCAACCUGACACUGAGCGAGGGCGGUCGCGUGGCGCUCAGCCCGCACGCGCUCACUGUCGCCAGCGAGUACUAUCGGCGCAGAGUGGCCGGCUUCGACGUGCUGAGCCGGCCCCGUCACGGCCGACUGGAGCUGGCCGGUCGGCAGGACGUCAAGCUGCAGCACUUCACUGCUCAGCAGCUCAGCGACGGACACGUCACGUACGUGCACAGCGGUGACGAAUCUCGCGGCGACUGUCUGACUCUGGUGGCCCUGGCCGACACCAAGACCUCGGCCCCGGGCCAGCUGUGCUUCACCAUCAGUGGCGUCAACGAUCACCCUCCCAGUCUGGUGAACAACACGGGGAUCACCGUGGUCCAGGGCGGCAGCGUGCUCCUAACCACACACCAACUCGACGCCGUGGACGCGGACCGGCCCGAGGAGGACCUGGUGUUCUCACUGGGCCGCUCCGAGUGCGGCAACAUCAGCCUGCUGACGGCUCCCAACGUCACCGUGGCCAACUUCAGCCGCAGCCAGCUGGACGCCGGAGAGGUCGUCUUCAGCCACACGCGACCAGACGUGUCGCGGUGCAGUGUGCUGGUGACGGUCAGUGACGGGGUGCACCGGACACCGCCCGAGCGGCUGAUGGUGCUGGUGGAGCGGCUGCAGCUGCGACUGGUAGCCAACACCCGGCUGCACGUGUUCCCCAUGAUGCAGCAAUCCAUCACCAAGGGCCACCUGCUGGUGGGCACAAAUGACCCGCGGACCCCGCGAACCAUCACUUAUUCGGUCAUCAGGAAACCGCGCCUCGGAAAAAUUACCAGGGAGCAGCCGGACGGCAGCACAGUGGAGGUCAGCUGGUUCACGCAGCAGGACCUCAACCGCAGCCUGGUGUUGUACGAGCACCAGCGCCCGCUGGCCGGCCUCUCCGCCUCGGACAGCGUCGAGCUGCGCGUCGAGACGCCGCCGGCCGAGCCGCUGACCAGCGUCGUGCUCGAGGUGGCCGUGUCAGUGACGACGAUGACGCGCGGCGGCUUACGGCGCUACGUGGACGGCGUGCCGCUGCGGCUGCCCGAGGGCGGCGCCGCCGGCGUCAGCCGCGCCGUGCUGGAUGUCAGCGGCGUGGCCGAGUUCCUGCGCAGCCACUCGGCCGGUCAGGAGGCGCCCCAGGUGCGGAUCCGACUCACCACACCGCCCCGGCACGGUCAGCUGCGCCUGGAGCCCGCCGUUGGUGCAUCCGACGGGAGUGGGGGAUCCCUGAGCGGGUUCCUCACUCAGGAGGACAUCAACGCCGGCAGGCUGUCUUACCGGCACGACCACUCGGAUACCCUGACGGACAGCUUCGGCUACAGCUUGUUCCUGGCCACGUCGGCCUCGGACGUCCUCCUCUACAACGGCACCGUCAACGUCACCGUGGUGCCUGUCAACGACCAGAAGUUCCGGCUGGAGACUCCCGCGCCGGGUGUGUCCGUUGUGCAGAAGCAGACCGCCUCGAUCACCACGAGAAACCUGCAGGUCACCGAUCCGGACAACGCUCCAGCUGAGAUCCUCUACACCAUCAUCAGCGGCCCCAGUCGCGGCCGAGUGUUCCUCCGCGGGCAGCCGCACGUCAGGGUUUCCAACUUCAGUCAGGCGGACGUCGACGCCGAGAGGCUGCUGUACGCGCAGGACGGCUCCCUCGGCAGUGAUCAGUUCCUCUUCAGCGUCUGGGACGGCGUGCACAGCCCGCUGAUGACCAGCUUCGGGAUCACCGUGGUGCCCCUCUCGCUGACAAUCGCGCGGAACCUGCCGUUGCGCCUGCCGCAGGGCCAGAGUCGUGUCACCCUAACACCGGAGCAGGUGUCCGCCGAUACCAACGGUAUGCGCAGUGAGAUCGUGUUCAACGUCACACGCGAACCGGCCAGGGGACGUCUCUUCAUCGGUGCAGACAUGGUGACAACGUUCUCCCAAGCGGAUGUCGACGCAGGACGGGUGUCCUACCUGCAGAUGGACCUCAGCGCACCCAACGACUCCUUCGCCGCCACCGUCUACAACGAGUUCAACGGCAUACGCAACGAGACCUUCGUGGUGUUGGCGACGCCGCUAGUGGCCAUGACGCCUCUGCGCUGCGCCCCGGGACAGCCGGUGCUGCUGAGCCUCGCGGUCCUCAACGCAACGGAGCUCGCGUCUCGCACGAACAGCAACCCGCGCUACCAGCUGCUGGAGCCUCCGCGGCACGGCCGGGUCACGCAGAUAGUGCCGGUCGGCGACCGGAGAAAGAGGAGAGAAACCCGCGCCUGGAAUGUCACCUCAUUCACGCAUGCCGACGUCACACAGAACGUCAUCUUCUUCGUGGCGUCGCCGGCGGAUCUGACGGGAAACCAGACGCUGUCAGACGCAGUGAGGUUCGAGCUGACGGCGUCUGGCGUGCAGCCUGCGCGUGGGGAACUCCAGGUGCGCCUCCUCAGCGAAGCGGCGCUCGAGGCCGAGAAGGCCACGCCGGGUGUCAACUCAGUGGUGGGUCGCGGCCGGCCGCAGGACUCCAGUUCGUUCAUCCGCAGUGAUUACGUGCUGGUGGCGGGCGUAGUAAUCGGUGUGGUGGUCACGUCGAUCCUUCUACUGAUCGUCGUCAAGUGCAUCACUGACCGGCGACGGCGCGCGGAGCGCAAGGCCCGCGAGCUGGGCCCGGCUCCGCUCACGGAGCUACCCCCCAGCGAGAGCCCGCACACCGUCAGUCGCGCCACCACGCCCGACUUCAUCAACUCGACGCUGCCGCGGCCCUCCAUCAGCACUCUGCCGCGGCCGCGGAUAUCGGUGACGGGCGGCAGCCUGCCGCGACCCCGGCACCUGGAGCAGCCGCGCCUCCUGGAGCCCGGCUGGCCGGAGCGCGACGUGUCUCCGUGCGUGCCGCAGUGUACCGUGACGCCGCUCUACACGGGAGCGCAGCCGGCCGACGUCACGUACUCGUAUGACGUGGACGCCGACCGCCAGUUCUGCGGCGACGACUGGAGCCAGGACGGCUCCGACAUUAGCGCCAGCCAGCCGAGCAACCCGAUCCUGAGGAAGAACCAGUACUGGGUGUAGCCGACAGUGUGCGUACGGACGCUGGGACGCAGCGACGCACGCAGUGAUGUGACGCUGGAGACGCUGAGUGAGUGCCGGGGCUUGGUGAAACGAUCGCAGCCGUGUUGGACAAUCGAAGUCCGUACGUUCGGCUGUGAAGCAGGCGAGCAUGAACUGAAGGCGUGCGCGCGAACGAGCUCAGACUUGACGUUGGAUGUGUCAACUGAUGACCAAAACAGUGGCCCUACCUGAGAGAUUUUCCGCCCCAGUGCUGUGCGAAAACAUCGUUGGUGUUGUGGGUGUUGAGGUUACGAUGAACUAGUGCUUUUGUGGUUAAUGGAGGAGAAUGGUGGCAUAACAUGUACUGUAACGCCCACUGAAGAGGUAAAUGGGAACCAUUUGUUUGAGCUUCAGCUUGACCGUGCUAUUUGCGUAUUAACUGUUCAGGACAAACGACCUACUCAUAUUCUGUUCGUUAGUGAGUGUUGUUUUAUUCCGUGAUCGUAAUUACCAUAAUGGCGCGUGUGCGUGCGCGUGAGCUGUUUUGAGAAAAUACGUCCAUCACAGUCUGAGAGAGAACAGACCUACCUCGUCCCCGUAGGAACACGUGAAAAUUAUUUCAUCACCUACCAUAGCUCACCCGGGAUACGACUCUCCCCACGUUAAUCCUGAUUUCGGUAGCGCUCGCCGGCUGGCCAGGGCUGAUCUGAAUGGCACCAUCGAACUCGCGUGGUGGAAAAGGACGAUUAAUGGUGUCCUCUGACAGCUUCGGUCCGUGUUGGGAUGCAUGACUGGAUUCAUCCCGAAUUUAUCAGACAGAUUUGUCGAAUCAACGUCCAGCCGCUGAUCUAGUGGAGCGUUAUUUAUUUGGACAGCUCUCUGCGACUUUCUUCUCUUGUGUUUGCUGGGAUUUGUGUGGCGUUAGGAGUUGCUGGCAGUGCCUUAUGAGCUUAAGGCGCUGCUUAGAGUGGAUUUGUCGGGUAUGUCUUGUAUUUGGUCGAUUCAAACAGAAUCUCAGCUAGUUGUCAACGCCGGGAACAGGCUUGAUCAAAAGUAAUAAUAGGCAAGAGCUAAAUGACAAAUUCAAAAACCUGAUCGUUGUACCCCGUCAGGCCGUCGGCAAGCCACCAUCGUCAGCUGACGCGCCCAACUGUGCAUUCAAUUGUGAUCUGAGUGACAGUCGAGAUAUCACAAUAAAACUGAAACUUGUGUG